UGAACACAUUUCCUGGCAUUAACGGGAACUUUUCAUGGUAUUUAAGGGGGUUGACUUCUCGUAACUCCCCCUAAAUGAGUCCUGAGGAGUACCCUGGCAUUAAUACCAAGUGCAACCAAGGAAGCUGACUCGUUUACGUCGUGUAGCCAACAGUCAUUACAGGAAUGGCAGACGAAUCUCUGUUUGACUUUCUCCAUAUGGAGAUCGUGUCUCAUGUUUACAAGGAGCAGCAAGCCGGUAAAGGAGAGAUGGACAACAAGGACAGAGCUGUCUGUGUUUCUGUCCUUGAAAGUAUGGGCUUCAGGGUGGGACAAGGACUCAUUGAAAGGUUGACCCGGGACUCUCCCAGCUUCAAGGACGAGUUAGAUGUAAUGAAGUUUGUCUGUAAAGACUUCUGGACGAAGGUGUUCAGGAGGCAGGUUGACAACCUCAGAACAAACCACCAGGGUACCUAUGUUCUGCAGGACAACAAGUUUUCUCUGCUAACUCAACUAUCGAAUGGGAAACAGUACCUGGAUCAGGCUCCUAAGUACCUUGCUUUUUCGUGCGGUGUGGUGAGAGGAGCGCUAUCUAACCUAGGUAUGGACAGCGUGGUGACAGCAGAGGUCUCUGUUAUGCCGUCCUGCAAGUUCCAGGUGGUGAUCCAGAAGUUGUGACCUGACCCUUUUUGCUACCCUGAUGGUGAUGACCAGGGCCCUGUGGGGGUUCUGUUAAUCCUAAAAGAGGACAGUACUCCCUGUCCAACCACAGAGACAAUCAGACACCACCCUGAUUUCUACAACUGGGUCAAACCGGACUAAGCCAGGUUCUGAUGACAACCAGGUACGCCUGACAGAUUGACAAGGUUUAGCUGGGGCUUACCUUUUACUUCUGGUACUCUGAUACAGAACAAGAUUUGUUGGAUUCCUUUUUGUGUCUUGAUGUUAACAUUAUUAUUUUGGUUAUUUUGGCUUUUGAGCGAAGUAAUGAAUGAUGUUCUCAACUUAUGUUUUCAGUAAAUAAGUGGUGCCUGGCCCUGACUCACCCCACAUGGCCAAGCUUGAAAAAAAUUGAACUGUCAAUGGCAAUAAUGUGAAUGUAAAGUAAACACAUGGUAAUGUAAAAUUAUUUGUAAUGUGUUGCAAUUUUGAGUCUUCAAAUUGAAAAUACUGAGUGGUUACUUGGAAAUAAUUGCAAAUCGUAAAGGAAAUCAGCAGAAUUUAGGAUAAAUGACAUCAUUUUAGUUGCUAUCACAGAUCUAUGAAGCUCUUCUAGCCUCCAUCUAAAUAACAGCCAGAGAGCAUUUAAAAAUCACAACACCUGACACGUCAGAUUCAUUAUUCAACACUUACUCUGCAGAUUCGCUGAGUAGCUGUAACCAGCUCUUGGUGCUUUGCUCUGCCUCGUAGCAGAUUGCUGUAGGAGCUGAGUGUUCAGUGUGUGCAGGUGGUCAUUGGGUAAAGGAAUAAUAUAAUUCUUGGCUUUUCCACAGUUUAAAAGUGGAAAGACAUUUUCUUGGUGAGCAUCACUCAGUUUCUGUGAAGCGAUGUCACAUUUCAGAGUUGGCGAUCAUUUUUUUUAAACUAGGCUAUUGUUUUUAUGUGCCAACGUGUACAUUUGUUGUCCUUUGUACAGCAUUGAUAUGUAAACAUAUAGUACUAGGUUUACUUUGCAAGUCUGAUCGAGGCAUUUGAAAUCUCUUUAUGUGGAUUUCUUUAAAUGACGCCUUGGGUCUCCUCAAAUAUGAGCCGUAUAACAGCUGAAAACACCAAGGCCAUAAGUAUGUGCUGUUUUAUUUAUUCCAUACUGUCGACAGCGUAUUGCCUCAAAUUGGAAUAAUAAUGUUGUGUCAAGAGCAGCACUAAAACAAGGCCAGCUGAACAAGAGACGCCAGCAUAGUGACAUUGUGAUAAAGCAGUUCACCUCUCUGGUAGAUAUUGUUGCCUCUUUGUGCCACUAGAGGGACACAGAAAGCUGUCAUUAUUUUAAUGUCUGUCACUUCAUCAAGUGUUCCACCUUAUUCAAAAGCCUAUGUUGUUUUUGUUACUGAUAGAACUAAUAUGUGACUACACAAAAUGCAUGCAUACCCUCAGCAGUUUCCCCUCAUCAUAAGAAAACUUUAGUCAUAGCUGUCUCAUGUAAAUUAAAUGUUUCCUUUUUUCUUUUGUUGUUCUCCCUUUUACUUGAGAACACGUUUCGCUGUGUGCACUGGCCAACAGCUUGUCCACUUCCCAUCACCCCUGCUUAAGUUAUUAAUAUUUCUUUCAAGUUGUUGAUCCAUAUCAUGAGCUUGGUAUUAAGAGGUUGUGCUGGAUGUGAGUGUACUUCACUCCUGAGAUACUCUGUAUCAGUGUUUUGUCCCAGAAGGCUUAACUGUAAAGUCAAGAAAAUCAUAGGUUGGUUUUUACAAGACGCUUACCCAGGUUCAGUGAAAUCCACCAUCAGACCUGGCACAAUAUUUUUAGGUUAGUAACCCUCUGUAUUUUCAUCGUAGUUACAUUUGGCACCACAUUGACAGCAUGGCGCUAGUUGAUGUGUAAUGGUUCCCACUCUGCUUUUAUUUGUGUCUGUGCUCUAAUAAAGUACCCCUGACUGUGUUCCAGUGUUCCACUGCCAUCAGUGUAAUAGUUUUACACAAUAAAGGUUGUUACAGGUAACUUUAUUCAUA